AGGGCAGCUUCUUUUGCUCUCUCUUAUCUCCUGCCUUCCUGAACGUGGACAGCGGGCGGAGAAAGAGAAUCAGUUCCUGGUGUUGGGGACAGACAAAAUCAGGCAACAGAGGUUCCUUGAGAAGUACCAACUGAAAGAAACAUGGCAUCGGCUUCCACACAGUGUCUCCCCACUGAGAUCAUCUGCUCCAUCUGCAAGGACACGUUCACAGACCCUGCCACCAUUCGGUGCGGGCACCGAUUCUGUUUGCCCUGCCUCUGUCUCUUGUGGGAAUUUGCCCCGACAGUUACUCGCUGUCCUGUGUGCAAGGCGGUGUCUCCAAAAAUGGACCUCAAAAGCACUAUUCUUGCUAAGAAACAUAUUCGUUCUACUGGAAACUCAGUUAUCUGCCAGUUACCUGGCUCUGCCAAGCAGAUGUGUAGGACACACCAAGUGAUAAAGCUCUACUUCUGUGAAGCUGACAAGAGCCUGCUGUGUUUGUUCUGUGCUUGCUCCACAGGGCAUGCCGCUCACAAACACUAUUCAAUAAUGCAGGUUGCAGAGCACUACAGGGAGCACCUUCUGAUGCAAAUGAAGUCUAUUUGGAAAAAGAAACAGGAAAAUCAACGAAAUAUAAAAAAAGUGACCAACACAUUCAGAGCAUGGGAGGGUUUUAUAAAUCUACGACUGGUGAUGAUACGAGCUGAAUACCCUAAAGUGUGUCAGUAUCUCCAGGAAGAAAAGCAAAAACAUUUAGAGAUGUUGGCGAUUGAAGGCGCAGUUAUUUUUCAGCGACUCAAUAGAAAUGUAGCCAGAAUGAUUCAUACGGGGAAACUCCUGAGAAAAAUAUAUGAGGAACUGAAAGAAAUGUGCCUUAAAGCAGAUGUGGACAUGCUCCAGGGUGUGGAAGACACAAUGAAAAGGAGUCAGUUAAUGCAGCUGUACAUUCCCCAGCCUUUGGACCCACAGCUCAGUACGUGGACCAUCACUGGGAUGCUGGAAAGGCUUAACAGCUUCCGAGUGUAUAUUACGUUGGAUGGAAAAAUAAGAAACUGUUGCGUUCCUCUGAUUGAAGCCCUGAGACGUCUGCAAUGCGGUCCUGUCCAUCGAGAUGUGCCUUGGGACCCCGCACGUCCAGAGAACACUCCUACAUGGGGUGCUCAGACCUUCACCGCUGGCAAACACUACUGGGAGGUGAAUGUGGGAAACUCCUGUGACUGGGUUAUAGGGCUCUGCAAGGAGUCCUGGACAAGCAGGAAUGAUAUGCUGCUUAACUCUGAGGACAUUUUUCUACUUCUAUGUGUCAGUAAGGAUGGCCAUUUCAGUCUCUUUUCUACCUUCCCAUUCUUACCCCACUAUAUUCAAAGACCCCAGGGCUACAUAGGAGUGUUUCUAGAUUAUGAAUGUGGUAUGAUAAGCUUUAUUAAUGUUGCCAGAGGUUCCCUCAUUUGUAAUUUCCUCUCACGAUCUUUCUCUUUCCCUCUCAGACCUUUCAUUUGGUGUGGACCCAAAUGAUCAGGAACAGGUCACAAACCUAACCAAGGUUUUGGGAAUUCUAGUAGCUGAGGGGGCUCCUAUCCUGGUGACUUCUAGAAUGGGGAAAAUCAAUUAUAACUUCACUGUGUUUAACUUCAUUUUACCUUUAGGACUUACAAUGGCUGCAUUAUUUUUUAAAGUGGUGGUAAUGUUAAUGAUGUCCAUUUGUCUUUUACAUUUCAUUUAAAUAAAAGCAAUCACUUU